UUAAAUAUCUGUGAGAAAAGCAUUUCACAAUUGUUAAAAUUGAUUUAUCAAACCGAUAAAAACAUAAAACUGUAUCGGCCUAAACAUACUAAUAGAAAAUAAUACGUACUAAAAUGGAUUAAACUUUCGAUUGUAUAUGGUCAUCAAUACAGAGUAUUAUAUUGCUCUAAAGAAUUAAGAACUGAGAUGAUCUGAAAAAUAGUUUACAGUGCGCGGUUCUUCAUUUGUGUUUUAACACGGCUUGCGGUGGACUAAAAACUAUUCUAGUGUUCCAAAGAGAACUUAAUAGUGAAAUGUUUGCGAGAUUUAAAAACUUGUUCAUAGGAUGCUUUUCUUUAUUUUUGAUAUUUUGUGUUUUAAUAGGUUUACGCACAAAUACUUUCGGAAAUAGCAAGUUACAUUUUGGGCCAGCAGUAUGGUUUAGACCGAUUGUUUAUCCAAAUUUAGAAGAAACGCAACAACCUUCAAUGAAUUUAAGUAAAGCAGAAAAGGGUCCGAAUAUAAAAAUAGCGAAAGGACAGAAGCUGUUUGCAACGGGGAGUCAAAGAUUAAAUGAUACGAAACACAAAAUUGUUCAAGAUAUAAGAAAGAAAUACUAUCCGAAAGUGCAGGUCACGAAUGUUGUUGGCAGACUAGGUAAUGCCAGUUUGGACGGAUCUGUAAACUGUAGCAAGAAGAAAGUGAAGUUAUCUCAAACAGUGCUACCUAUAACUGGGCUGGUCAGUUUUCCAGGAUCUGGAAAUACGUGGACCCGGCACCUCAUACAACAGAUGACAGGGCUUGGAACAUCCAGUGUGUACUGUGACGGAGGAUUAAGAGCGCGGGGUUUCCCGUAUGAAUGUCACCGUGACAGGGCUAAGACUGUGGUGGUGAAGACGCAUGAAGGAAGACAUUUUAACCUCUUCAAAAAGAUAGUGCUGCUUGUGAGGAAUCCAUACGAUGCCCUAUUGUCGUAUGCAAACUUUGCAAAGGCUGGACACACAGGCCAUCCAUCAAAACAAGUCUUGAUUCAAGCCAGCACCAAAAUGUUCGAGCACUCUUUGAAAUGGUAUGUUAACCUGACCAGGAACACCAUAAGAAAGUUCAAAGGACCAGUGCAUGUUGUACAGUAUGAAAGACUUCAAAGUGACAUGGCACGUGAGCUGAGAAAGCUUGCCACAUUCUUUAAUCUAAGUGUCUCUGAUAAAGAUAUAGAUUGUACAGUUAAACUUCAGGAGGGUAAUUUUCAUCGUAAAACAAACGAAGCAAAACAUAUAGAACUUCUACAUACUGUUUACACGAAGGAAAAACUUUUACGCCUACAAGAGGCGGCACGGUAUUCAGAGAAACUUUUAAAAGAUGCAUAUAGUGUAGAUAUUGACUUAGGUGGUAAAACUGAAAAACUGCUUUUCCAGACGUCCUAAAGCAUUAUGUAAGAGAGUGGUUUAUAUUGGAUAUCAAACAAGGUUGUGUGAUAUGGAAACUCAGUGCCAUUAAAAUCGUUAUUUUCACCAUGGAGGUAACGUGCUUGCACAUUCAAAUGUAUUUAAAGGUAAAGUGGACUUGCUGCACAUUAAAAUACUUACUUUCACCAUGGAUGUUACAUGUUUUCACAUAUAAUUUUA